AUGGCGGUUUCAUCAGUCGCACGGUGGGCCUUGGCUUCUCUCCUCGCUGUUCCGAUUGUACAGGGCUUAGCGACUGAGAUCGUCGUCAAUGGAACUUAUUACUCUGUCAACUCUUCCACAUUAGCUCCAGCCAGUGCACUUGUCGAUGGAAAAGUUCAGCUCACGGAUGCGAUAGUUACAAACCUGACAGAUAUUGGACUGUCGAAUGCUGAGUUGUUUGAGUUUGAUAACAGCAGCAGUGACCUUAGCAAAAGAACCUAUUCUUGCAAAGUUUAUCCUGGUGAUGCAGCAUGGCCAGCGACCCUGGUAUGGGAUAUCUUUGAUAUACUCGCCGGGGGAGCUCUGAUCUCAACAGUCCCUCUUGCAGCGCCAUGUUAUGCUGACUGGCCUCAUCAUGAGAAUACUGCCGAGUGUUUGUACAUCACGGAUGAUUGGACAAACAGUUCUAUACACGCAUCGGAUCCCACCUCGAUCAUGUGGCCCCUUUAUCAGGGACGGACUUGUAUGCCUACCAAUGAUACUAGCGCGAGCUGUACGCUAGGAGGCUAUCCCGUGUAUGCGCUAAACGUCUCCCAUGUUGCCCAAGUUCAACUUGCGGUCAAUUUUGCUCGCAAUGCCAACUUACGUCUUGUUGUCAAAAACACAGGUCAUGACUUCAAUGGAAAAUCUAGUGGUGCUGGUGCGCUUUCUAUCUGGACUCAUAACUUGAAGGAUCUCGAGUACAUUCCCAACUAUUCAACCAGUUAUUAUACAGGAAAAGCUGUAAAAAUGGGAGCAGGUAUUCAAGCCUUUGAAAUAUAUGAAUUUGCGCAGGCGAAUGGUGUUACAGCUGUUGGAGGUGAAGGUCGAACAGUAGGUGUUGCUGGUGGUUAUGUUGCAGGAGGCGGUCAUUCCCCUUUGUCCUCCAUCUAUGGUAUGGCGGCAGACCAAGUUCUCGAGAUGGAAGUUGUUACUCCAGACGGGCGAUUUGUUACCGCCUCGGCCACAGAGAAUACCGAUCUCUAUUGGGCUCUCCGAGGAGGUGGUGGUUCGACUUUUGGUGUUGUAACAUCCGUCACCAGUAAAGUUUAUCCAGUCCUUUCUUCAACUGUCAUGAAAUUCAGUUUUGAAGUUGGUGGUAAUAUCACCGCUGAUGUGUUCUGGGCUGGUGUGCGCACCUAUUUCGACCACUUCGUUGAGCACGCCGAAAAGGGUAUCUAUUCGUACUUCGCCAUCCUCGCCACAGGUACUGAUGCGUGGUCGUUUGGCAUGCAACCUUUAUUUGCGCCAAACUACACUGCAGCUGAACUUGAAACUUUGGUUGCUCCAUGGUUCGCCGAGCUUAACGACCUUGGUAUCAGCAUUAAUCCUUCCAUUAAAGAAUACACUGAAUUUUAUGAUGCAUGGUGGGACAAUUUCCCUCUCAAGGUUGUAGGUACCGUCAACAUCAAAACCGGUUCCCGUCUCUUCCCAAAAUCCAAUUUCCAGAACGAGACCAUUACCGACACCACCUUCUACGCUAUUAAAGAAAGUAUUUUAGCUGGAGGAUCAUUCUUAGCUUUCAACAUCCAAGCAGCAGACAAUGCGGGGAAGGACAACUCAGUAAACCCAGCUUGGAGAGACACUUGCUUGCACGCUAUUAUGGCAAACAUCUGGGCUGCAGAUGCUGAUGAUGCAGCCAUUGCACUGGCAUCUGAAGUACUCACUUACAACUGGAUUCAACUAUGGAGAAAUGUUUCUCCUGAUGGUGGCGCGUAUAUGUCCGAGGCAGAUAUCUUGGAGCCAAAUUUUCAGCAAGCUUUCUAUGGCACCAAUUAUGACCGUCUGUACAGCUUGAAACAGAAGUAUGAUCCCAAAGGAUUAUUCUAUGCGCCAACCGCAGUAGGAAGUGAGGACUGGUAUAUUACUGAUCAAUUGACUGGUUUACCUACUCAGAAUGGGAGAUUAUGCCCAUCGACAUGCAACAUGCUACUAAUUGGUCUCACCGGCUCUAUCGCAACCGGGAAAUCCACGGUUUCAUCAAUACUUUCUCAAGCUCCAUAUUCUCUUCCCAUUAUCGAUGCCGAUUUACUUGCACGCAAAGUUGUAGAACCCGGGACUCCAGGUUACGACAAGAUUGUCGCACAUUUCUCACCAACUACUCCCGAUCUGCUCCUUCCUCCUUCUCCCGAUCAUGAUAAUGCAAACGGCGCACCGUUGAACAGACCUGCACUGGGUAGAAGAGUGUUCGGGGAUAGUGAGGAGAGAAAAAGAGAUAGGGCAGUGUUGAAUGGAAUUGUGCAUCCGGCAGUCAGAAAAGAGAUGUAUAAACAAUUGCUCGGAUAUUAUCUAAAAGGCUGUUGGGCUGUAGUUCUUGAUGUGCCUUUAUUGUUUGAGAGUGGGAUCGAUGUUAUAUGCGGUACUGUGCUUGUCGUGGCCGUAAGGGAUCCAAAGAUACAAAUGCAAAGAUUAAGGGACAGAGACUCACAUCUGACGGAAGAAGAUGCUGAGAACAGGGUUAAGAGCCAAGGGGACGUGAGAGAAAAGGCAAAGAGAUGUCAAGCCAGAGGGGAUGGUCAUGGAUUGGUAGUGUGGAACGAUGAAGGAAAAGAUGAACUGAAGAUAGAGUUACAAAAGGUUAUGGAAAGUUUACAAGGCAAGAGUCCCAGAUGGUGGGCCUGGCUAUUACUUUUAUGCCCACCAUUUGCUGGACUCGCUGGAAUCUGGAACUAUUGGAGAAAUCUUACGAUCAACAAAGAGUGGAAAAGAGGUGAACUUCAAGCUAAGGCUAAGUUGUGA